UCUGUUCAUAAUUUGCAUUUACAAACUUGAUCCUGCAACCGGUCUUCGAGGUCGCUAACCGUUUUAUCCUGCUUAACUCUCCAGAGUCGUCGAGUCCUUUGACCACCAUGCAUCCCAGCCUCCUUGUGGUCCUGGUAUGUCUACCCGCGGUUCUUCUUCUUCCCGCCUCCACCUACACGACAAGGUUUGACAACGUCAACAUCGACCAGAUACUGAAGAAUGACCGACUUCUCAGGAACUACUUCAACUGUCUCAUGGACCGUGGGAAGUGUACGCCUGAGGGGGAGGAACUUAAGAAGGCAGUCCCUGAUGCACUGAAGACGGCGUGCGCGAAGUGUACCCCUAAACAGAAAGAAGGAACCGAGAAGGUGACCAGGUUCCUGAUCUCCAAGAGACCUAAUCUUUACCAGGAGCUGGAGAAGAAGUAUGAUCCUCAGGGGGUGUAUCGUCAGAGAUAUCGGGCCGAGGCAGCACAACAUGGCAUCAAGGUUUGAGCGAAUCAAAUGAACAAUUCAUAAAGAACAGUUCUUCAAUUCUUCAUUUCAACAUCCGCGUAUACAGUUUUAUGCAAGAACUUAUGAUUUUGAUUAAGAUCUAAUUAUGAUUUGAACAAUUUAUUUAGGAAGUAGUUCUUGAACUUUUUUAUUAACGGUUGUGAUGAGUUAAUGAACGAUUCAGAAGAAAACAUCGCUGAAGAUUUUGUGAACAAGAACAUUAGUCAAUUUAAUAAAUUAAGAAUAUGUUGUUUCUUCUAUAUUUGUUAUCGAGACAUUUUCCCUAUGUACAACUAUUAAAAGGGUUUUCUAACAACAUUAAUAAGUUAAUAAUUUUCUCUUUAGAACAUUUUAGUGAUUAAAUGUGGUGUCCAUACAAUUCUUUAUUGUAUCCUUUUCACUUAUAAAAUGCCAAAAUAAAGUAAUUUUA